UGUUGACAUCGAAUUGUCAUCGGCACUUUCAUUUCCCUCAAAAUGUAUUGAAAAGGGCAUAAAAACUCAACUUGAAAUUAAAUUUUGUGCAAUAUAUUAUCAGCCUAGUUGUGAAAAUCCUUCCCAUUCAUGGAAAAUGUCUGCAAGUAAACUAGAUGCCGUCUAUAGAAGUAUUCUCUUAACCAAAUUCUUUACUAAAGGAUGGGGCAAACCAGAAAAUUUGCGUAGGUUAUUUGAGUUCCGAAAAGUGGUUUCUAAUAGAGAUGAAUGCUUCAAAUUAAUAGACAAAGAUUACCCUGUGACCAUCACCAAGGAAGAAUGUCUCUCCGAUUGCCGAUUUGUGGAAGGUUUCUUCAUGACUCCUCUAGAAAAAUUCCUGCCCGGUAUAGUUCCUCAAAUAGCCCAGAAAGCUCAUUUCCAGGCCCUGCUCCCGGUGCACUGGCCUGAACCUGGAGUCAAACCAGUAUGCUUGCACCUGGCAGGUACCGGUGAUCAUUUUUUCUGGCGGCGGAGAAACCUGAUGGUGAAGCCACUUCUCAAAGAGGCGGGCAUCGGCGGUAUCAUCCUGGAGAAUCCAUUCUAUGGACUAAGGAAGCCCACCGACCAAAUACGUUCGUCUCUCCACAACGUGUCCGACAUUUUCGUGAUGGGCGGGUGCCUCAUUCUGGAGUCUCUGGUACUAUUUCACUGGUGUGAGCGGAAUGGCCUUGGUCCCCUCGGCGUCACGGGGCUUUCCAUGGGCGGACACAUGGCGUCCCUAGCAGCUACAAAUUGGCCCAAGCCCCUCGUGUUGGUGCCGUGCCUUUCAUGGUCUACAGCUUCAGCAGUUUUUCUACAGGGCGUAAUGUCCCAAUCAAUAAACUGGGACCUUCUAGAAGACCAAUACCUCUCAGACGGCGUCUACAGAGAAAAACUAUCCAAAAUGGUGACCAUAGUCGACGAGGCUUUCCUAGCCGGCAAGAAAUUCGCACAAACGUAUUCCCAAAAAGACGAAGGCCCAGACGCAAAAAUAGUUAAACCGACCAUACCAGUGCUUAAUAAAAAAGAUAAUCUAGAUAUAACAUAUAAAGAGUCUAUAGGUGCUCAUCUGACAGCUCAAAAUAUAAUAGAUGUAACGAAGAAAGUUGAAGACAUGAACACAACUGUGCCCCACAACGCAAUUAAAGUCGAUGCAAUAGCACAAAUUGAGAAACUCUAUGUGGAACUGAAGAAAUUGCUUGAUGAAGGCAAAAUAAGCCAGACUUUAUACCACAAGUUGACUUCGAAUGAAAAGUUUAAGUUGCACGCUGAAGAUAUAGAGGAUAUAAACAAGUUAAACCAGGAGGAUGUGAAAGAGUUGAUACUCAGAUAUAAAAUCGAAAGUAUAAAGAAUGACAUACCUAUUUCAGUAGAAGCUCCUAUAGAAACUACAAAAAAAUCCACGAAUAUCGAGCAGCCAGAACCACAGACAAAACCGAUAAAUUUGGAAAUUGAAGCGAAGACAGUACCAAAGUUAGCCGCAGCGACGAUUGCGUUGAAGAAAUCGGACAAACGAUCGUGGAAUGUCUCAGAUUUGACCUCGGAUUGGAUACAUUUACCUUUCAUGAAGUCGAGCGCGAGAAAGAUAGAUAUAAGCAAGAUUCAUUGGAGAGAUAGAGAGGCACUGCAGUUCAUGAGGGGAAUUAUGGACGAGUGCACCCAUCUGAGUAAUUUUUCUGUGCCAUACGACACUUCGUUAAUUAUAGCGGUGUGCGCGAAACAUGACGCUUACGUGCCGCGGGAGGACGUGGGCACCCUGGAGGAGAUCUGGCCCGGCGCGGAGGUGCGCUAUGUGGACGCGGGCCACGUCACCGCCUACAUACUACACCAGUCGCUCUUCAGAGCAUGCAUAAAAGAAGCAUUCGAGCGAUCAAAGAGGAAAUGGAAAGAUGGCAAGCACGUCAACUGGCGGUAACCAUUGUGGAGCAAACCUUAUCAAAUACUGUGUAUUUAGACUGCGUGACGUUUUGCUUUCAAUGUACGAAAUUAGGCUUCACUAAUUUAACGAAAGAACUUUCAUAUAAAUAUUUUACUUUUAUCAUAUUCUUAACAUCCUGAAUGAAGAACAAUCCAUCUGGGAUAAACUAGAUUCAAGAAAUCUCGUUUUUAAAAAAAGGAUGUUCACUAAAUGUGGCCAUAUCUUGUAACUAUCACAUAUAUUAAUUAAUUCAGGCUAUAUCCUGACUUGGUGCUAUUUGCUCAAAAUUAUAAAUAUCAAUUGUAUAUUUAGUAAGGUUUUUGAAAAACAUUCACUAGUGUGUGGAAUCGACCAUCAGUAAAUUAGAAACGGGUUAAUUUAUUUUGCAAUAAUACCCGCGUGUACCAGAUUUAUAAACUUUUAUACAAAACAAAUUGUCUGUACUAUAAAACAUAUUGAAAUAGGUACCAGAGAAUCCAGACUGGAUUUAAAAAUAAUUAUUAUAAAAAAAUAGUCUUGUACAAAAACCAGGAAAUAUUCUAAGCAAUAAUUUUACAAAAAUUAACGAACUGUAACGUGAAGGGUAAUUUUAUAAUCACUAUAUUUUAUAAAAAGCCCAAAUUGUUUCUUAUUAAGAAGUUGUCAGAUAUUUUAGUAGUUUUUCUUUCAUUGCAAACUUUUGUUUGUUUUAAUUCCGCUGUGUGAAGUACAAAGUUAGUUUCGAAUUGAGUAUGUUUUAUAGUUAUGUAAACGUCCAAUGCUUUUAGAUGGUAUUUAUGGUAGACAACUGCGUGUACAUAAGAGAGUCUCUAUUGAGAUUGUAAAGUGUAAAAUGUAUUUUUUAUAAAUAAAUAUUUGUUGUUGUUUAA